CUCACCACCACCACUGCGUAAUCAGGCAGGUCCAGGGCUGACGGGCACCGAGCCACACGGGGCUUUGCUUAGUGAUAAGACUCCUUGGAAGAAGAGGACCGCAAACCAGCGAGCUGACCUGCGACGUUAUUUCAGACUUUUAGCGUGUGAGUUUUUUUUUUUAACACGUCACGGUUAAAGAGACCCUUGACAAGAGAAGUCAAUUGGAUAUAUUGUAUUUUACAGAAAGCUGGACAUUUUUGGAGUAAUUUAAACUUUCCUCACUUUCUGAGUGUCCUGGAUAGUUUUGUUUGUGACUCGGAAAUGUCAUGAGGUCUUUUGGUAACCUCUUGCGCUUUUAGCCGUAAAACGCGCACUUGUGCUCAAGGUGGACUAAAAAAGAGAAGACUGGACAUCACGUUGAAGACAAAGCGCCUGAAUUAAAACGUGGAGGUUUAUCAUUCAUCCAGCCCAUUGGAGAUCCCUUUUUUUAAAGGUGCGUGCCGCUGACCGAGCACGAGCGCUUUCUUCUCCCUCCUCCUCGGAUACCUCUACCGGAGAAACAAACAGUGGAGACAGACCGUCUACGCGCGCGCAGUUCCGCAGUGCGAGCCGCUGUCCCCCCGCGCGCAGUGCUGAGGAGAGAGGGACUCUCGCGCUUCCAUAAAUGCCCGGUCCGUCGAAGAGGCUCGAGGCUGGGCAGCAAGAUGAGCUCGUGGGUACAGCUGCUGCUCGCGUUGCUGGCGGCGUGUCUGCGGUUUGGCGUAGCCGAGGGGGAGCCUCUGCCUGCAGCCCUGGUGGAGCUGGUUAGAAACAGCCCCAUCUCCUCCAUAGAGGACCUUCAGCUGCUGCUGCUCACUGACUCCGUAGAUGAGGAGGACGGGACUUCUGCAGCCAAUGGAGUUCAUAGACUACCAAGGAGCCUCGAUGCCCAGCCAGCUCAGCAGGCUCUAUGCAAAGUUCGUACAGAGGUGGUUGAGGUCACCAGGGCGAUGUUAGACCGCAGCAACGCUAACUUCCUGUUAUGGCCGCCAUGCGUCGAGGUGCAGCGCUGCUCUGGUUGCUGCAACACCAAUAGCCUGCAGUGCGUCCCUGUCGUCACGCACACCAGAUACUUGCAGGUAACGAAGAUCGAGUACAUCAACAAAAGACCCACUUACGCUAAAGCUGUGGUGUCAGUUGUCGAUCAUGUGGAGUGCCGAUGUCAGCCGGCUCCACGGCCUCCUGUGCCCAAGAAAAAAUCAUCGCGCAGACAGCACAACCACCAGCAUCGAAACCACACACUCAGCCAAGGACACGGACAGGUCAAGGUGCACUCCAAGGAUGAACUCCAUCAGUGGGAUGAUCUGAAGCAGAACCAGAGGGCCAACCUGGAGGACCUCCUGGAGCAGCACUGGAUCCCCAGAGGAGACACCUUCACUCAGCCCGAAGAAGGGUACAGCCUGGCUGGGAAAGACACAUCUCGCACCGGAGAGGCUGUUCUUUUUGCUCCACAUUGGGCGCAUAAUGCCACCAGGCUCCUUGGGACUAAAGACCAAACUGAAAAUCUGGAGGAUGUGGAGAAGAAAAAUGGAAGGAUCUCAGAUGGCAACAAGACUGUUUCCUCAGUGGAUAAUGUUGGCGUGGAGGUAAAGAACGAGUUGGUAGAAGGUGGGGAGGGGUUGCUGCUCCUCAGCACUGAAGGGAAGGUUAACGAGGGAAACGGUAGCAGGGACGAAGGCACGCAAACACACAGUCCAUUAUGGCAAGACGACAAAUCCAAACUUUCAAAGAGCCACACGAGUGGAUCUUCUCACCCUGGUGAUCAGAAUCCUGAAGCCAAGUUCAGUCCUACUGAGGCGCCCAGUGAGAGAGUUGGGAGCAGGUUAAGAGCGACUAAAGAGCCAAAUCCGGAGCCUCGAGAACAGGCGAGACGGAGAGACAAUGACACUCCUGAGGAGGUGAGGAUAUUACAGAUUGAGGAGGAAAAACUGGAGCAGGAGAGAAAAGAGCUUCUACUUCUCCACAAGAGGCUGGACCAAGAGAAGGAGAUACUGAGACAGCAGCAGAUGAAACGAGAAGAGGAGGAAAGGCAGAAAGAAAAGGAAACGGAUAGCCAACAUCGCCUGCAUGGUAAACAUCAUCAUCAUCUGCAAACAACAACACAGUAUCCAGCGACAACAUCUACGACUACCACACGGCAGCCAUCGGCUCCAGCAGGCCCCAGACCCCCAGCCCGUCCAAGGAAAAGGAUGAGGAAGAAUCGCAAACGAAUCAGCAAGGCAGCUAUGAGAGCAAUGCUAAUGUAAAGCUAAAAUAAAGCCAAGACACCAAGUGAACUUAGUAUUUCGUGGAUCCAGAGGUGAAGCAGAGUGACUCCCUUCAUAUAAGUACUUAUUCACUCCGUAACACUACUAAUGACUGUCUGGUGAACCUGUAACUACACCUGUGUGGAGUAAGACGAGGGUAAGAAGAAAAUGGAAUAUAAAUAAAAGGUGGACCUUGUCAAGAAAACUUGCUUGCCUCGACAACGACAGUUGCUGGUAUGAACGCUUACAAAUUGUGUUCAAGCACAGAACCUGUGGGGGACUGAAACGGCAUCGCUGUAGAACUGUGGACAAUAGUGCAAUUUCAAAACUCUUCUUGAAACCUUGUUUUGAUAUCAACAGAGAGAAACUGCACUUAGAUAAUGACAGAACCAAGUCUAUAUGGGGUUUAAAUGACAAAGUCUGUGGCUGAAAGACUUUUUCGAUUGCCACAAUCAGAUGGACGACAAAGGACAUUUGAUGGAAAAAUGGACAUGAAAAUGGACAUUACUCUUUUGUGUCAUUGAAGAUUCUGUUUUAUUUUAAUCAGAUAAUCUUAGAAACAAUCAUCUGCAACAACGAGUGAUGUUGACUAAAAUGAGCAGUGAGGGGCUCAGUGUUGGGAAGAUAAGGCUGUGUAGAUCUACCGUACCAAGGCCUGAUAUCAUCUAUUAGCUCCGUAAAACAGCAAUGGUCUCUCAUUAACCGUAUUUAAUUAUAUUUAACUCAUUGCAAACACUGGAAUUACACAGAUGUGAUAAGAGAACAAAAACAUAAAUUGUUGCAUUUCAAAAUCUCAUCACAGGUGUGAAGAAAAAGGUGCUAUCUGAAUACGAGGUGAUAGCGUUGCACCUGUGACUUGACGUCGCGCUAUGUUUCUUAUUUAUUUAUCUCUGCCAUUUUCUUUGGAUUAACUUUUUUUAUACAACAUACUACAAACAAGAUGUGGUUCAUGAUGGCUGGGUGGUUCAAACAGAAAUUUAAGACAGUAAGAUUAAAAAAAGAUCAAACCUCCCAGGAUCAUGCAGUGUUUAACUUCUAUGUGUAUAAAAAGUGUUUGUUUUGUAUGACUAAGAGUGUGGUGUUGUGUGUGUAAGGGCUUGGGCCCACACCUACACCGCUGUCAUGUAUCUCGAUAUUCAUGUAGAAGAACUAAUCAGUUUGUCUCUUUCUCUUUCUCUCUUUGAUAAAGACAUGUCUCUCUUCCACUGAAACAAUCAUAUUCCUUUAAACUCUGGGAGGAGGGAAAAGAAACCCUUACCUACACAUGUUUCUUUACGUGCCCCCACUGUUUUAUUAAUCUACAACACAUUGUUUUUGACAUUUCAACUACAGGAAAUGAGAAGGGUCAAAACAAGGAAAUCAAGAGUCACUUAAAAGGACAGCAAAAAGCUAAACAUUGCAAAUUUAGACACUGUUUUUGUGUCCUUUAUAUUUCCAUUAGUAACAAAAUGUGGAAACAUGCUGUUGAUGCUAUUUGUGUACAAUAACCCAUAAUCGGCCAAACAUCUUAAGUUAUUGAAAACAUGACCCACACAUUCUUUAUGCCAACUUACAACUGUUACUGUUUUUGUCUGUUUUAUUAUGACAAAAAAAACAAAAUGUUUGCAAUAAUUAAUGCUAUUUUCAUAUGGGUAUAAGAAGCUGAUGUGCUUAAAUCUACUUUGUUUUGUGUUUUUAUUCCAUUUUCACCAGUUUCUCUUCUAUAUCCACGAAUUAGCUUCCAAAUGUUUUGUCAUGAAAUGUAUAACAUGCUAUUCAGAGGAACUCACUGGGCCAUGAAUAUCAACACGUGAUGAGCAACAGACAAAUUAGAACGAAGCUCAUUCAGUUAUUUUAAGAGUCCAUAGUCAUGCUAGCUGCUCUGCGAGGUUGUACUUAUGCACAGCGAUGCUUCGAGCUAAAUGCUAACGUCAGCAUGCUAACAUGCUGAUGGCGGAUGGGAAUGCCAUUCGUUUUGCUGGUAUUUUGUCAUAAACAAAAGAUUUUGACAAAUUAAAAUGUUGACCUUAUGAUCGUACUAGAGGAAGUGAAGGUAUCACCAAAGUGAUUGAAAUUCAUCCCUUUGUGGCACAUUCAUGGAAACCAAUCUAAUAGUUGUCAAGGCAUUGCAAAGUCAUUAUUGUCCAAAAAUGACACGCUCAUUGUGUCUCUAGAGCUAAAGUCAGGGGAUCACCAACGUCGGUAGGAUUCUCCCUCUAAACGCUAUGGAUGUCUGCAUCAAAUUUGAUAGCAAUCAAUCCAAUUACUUUGGUAUUUUAGUCUGAACCAAAGCAGAAAACUCUAAACUUUUGAAGGAAGGGUAAAACCUUUUUAUGACACCAUGAACUCUCUGACUUUCCUACCACCUCGUGAACACAGGUGGAUUUAUUUAGUAAGCCUGUUGUGUUGUGUCUACACAGUGCAUCUGCAGCCUCCAGAGACAUUAUUGGCUCCCUAAAUUCAGAGUUCAGCACUGGCUUGUAUUGAGCGUUAGUCCUAGUGAUGUGCAAUGAGGUUUGUUCAAUCUGACAAAAGAGAGAGAGGGAGAAAAGAAAGAGUGGAGGUUGAUGUACUGUAGGUGAACUCUGGCACACGCUCUCUUUGUGGUUUUUCACAUUUACCCACAUGACUCUUGGCUGCAAAAACUCCCUAACUCAGCAGCCAGCUGCACAGUUUGUCUGCUAAUUAUCUAGUCAAGAAUCUGCUCCACCGUCUAAAUGAAAUCAUACGAGGAAUGGCUUUCACAAUAAAUGUCCUCAGAUUUAAACCAUCUUUAGAGUUAAGUGGACUUACUUACAUGUAUGUAAUUACGGUCUUCACACAUUUAGUACUUAAAGAGCUGCGUCCUUGGUCUUCACUUUAUAUUAUGUGCAUUAAUCACUGGGUUUGAUGUGUGUACCAAAUGACAAUUUUGAAGACAGCUGUUAGCAUCUGUCUCACCCUUAACCCCCCUUGUACGCAAAUUCAGUGUGUAUUCUGGUAUUCAUGUAUUGCUUCCCAUUACCCCACUGUCAACCUCACACAGACGUACUACCUCUAAACAGCAGACUAUCUCCAAAUUCUGCAUGGAGGUGGGAUGCCUGUGUUUCCGCGGGUGUCCCAGCAGCUCCCCACCCCCCGCGGACUUCAAACAAGAGCGGGAAAGAGAAGUGCGUGGAGGCUUGUUGGCUUUGACAAACACACACAGGGGUCGACCACCAUGACAGAGUGGGAGGUUAUCUGAGGGACCAGAGACCGUGACUAAAGACACGAGAUGGUUCAUAGCUCACUGAUUGACCUUAAAGGACGAUAUGGCUUGUUGGGUCUAAACAACACCGUUACCUAACCAGCAAACAACCACUGGAACAAUAUAGUGACCCAUCAAGCCCAGUACCUUACAAACAAUUUAUGGAAGACCAACCAGCUUACAAACCAU